CUGGUGGGAGGUAAAAUUCGAACGUUCAGCCGUGUUGUUGUUUUUGUUGGCAAUAUAACCAAUUUAUUGCGAAAGACUGAUUCACGUAUGCAAUUGGGAUUGAAAGGUGAUAGAAGAACAGAGCAUGAGGACGUCACAGUUACAGUGGACACAAUGUAGAACUACAAGCCUACGCAUCAUUAUUUGAUCACCAGCAGUCCUCACCAGGCUGUCAGUCCUACAGACAUCACUACAAAGAUGUUUCUUCAAGAGAAUCUGCCUUAGAUGCACCUGAACCAUUUUCAAAGAUCUACGCAAACAGUGACACCGCUAUGUCAAGAUACACAUCCCAAACCUACGAUUCUCCAUCGAGAAGAUAUGACACCGGUAGCAGUUACAAGUCCUACGACACUGGUCCCAGUUAUCGUCGCAACUAUGGCCUGAGCAGUGGUUCCAGCAGUUAUAGCAGUUCCCGGUCCUACAGUACAGACACCCCCCGGUCCUACAGUACAGACAGUCACCGGCCCUACAGUACAGACAGUCACCGGUUGUACGGUACAGACAGUCACCGGUCGUACAGUACAGACAAGUCAUACAGUGUCGAUUCUUCAUCUACGUACACCCCGGGACUGAGGUCGUCAUAUUCCAGCUCGUACAGUUCACGGAAUGGAGGUGCUGACUCCUCCGUCGCUUCAUCCAGAAUAAACUCACGAACAAGUGCUACAAAGAGAGACGACUCUUCCGUCCCAUCAAGCGACGUCUUGUCUUCCAGAAACGGCAGUUCGUCUCCGAGAACCAGCAUCGCACGUCGGUCGUCCCGAGAAAUCUCUUCCGCCGGCAGGAGCCCGCGAUCAAGCUACUCAUCAGAGCCCUCGCUGGAACGUGAAAACUUGUUGCUGGGAGAUACAACGACAAGACACAAAAUCACGAAAUCGCCGCGACUGGAACGCGACAAGCGUUCGGACAGUGGGAGUGAACAUGACUUGUUGAAACAUCGAGACACGGGCGGCGGUUUGUUGAGCAGUACGAAGACAGAUGCCCUGGAAGAAUACAGAGCCUCUCGCAGAGAGAAAGAGAACAGCCAGGACAGCGAUGUCAGAAGUUCGUGGAGAACGAGAAUCGGAUUGGACGAGUAUAAAGGAAGAAGUGAAGACGGGGUUCACAAAUCGGAAAAUGGUUCUGUUGACAGCGAUGUGGAUCAUCGAUCGGUUAGACGCCAGCACGCAUUCAAAGAGUCAUGCGGAUCGGAGCAGAGUGAAGAAACGAACUAUCAAAGCAAAUAUAGAAAUCUUAAAUCUGUGGAAGACGCCGGCACGGUGAAUUCAUCUGGUGAUCUAUUAUUAAGUGAAAAACAGACUGCUAAAGAUGUUGUUGUUGAUUUAGACAGUAAUGUUAAAAAUACGCAAGCCGAAAUAGGCAAAACCCGUAAUAUUUAUGUCCCAUACAGUGAGAGAAAGAAAGAAUAUGAUGCAAAGAGAAAUUCCUCGGAUAAUGAUGAAGGUUACGUUCCGUUUAGUGAUCGGAAAAAGAAAUAUUUACGUGACUUGAAAAAUGAAAGUCCGUACGUGGGUUUUAGUGAGAGAUCGGCACAUACAAUAGCCAAAAUAGAUCAGAUAGAUGAUGUACCUAGAACUGACAACAAGAUUUUGGUAACAGAUUCACAUCAUUCUAAGACCAACAAGGGGGAUAGCGUUUCUGCAGGUAAGGAAUCCCUGUCAAAGACGUCUUCAGCCAAAAUCAUAGAAAACAAAAAUACCAACACGGGUGUCGUGCGACAAUCUAGCGAGACCUCUGACGCGAAUAGUGCAGACGAGCAGGAUGCGGUCAGGAGAGCUGAUCGGAUAGCCAGGUACAAAGAAGAGCGGCGCCGGCAACUGGCAACCAUUUCAAACGUCCAGUCGAGCGAUUCACAAUCUGCUUCAGAGCAGCAGGCUGUUUUGAAGCCCUCGCUAUUCCUCGGUCCAGCUCAGACUAAAGAGAAACCAGAAGAUGCGAAGACUGUCGCGCCACAUGCUGGUGAUGUGAAUGUGAGCGACAGAGUGGUAACCGAUUCCAGUAAGACAAACUUGCAGACGAACCGGCUCCGGAUGCCCCGGCGCCGACUUCCAGACAUACCCGUGCAGAGCUUGAAGGAGAAGGAACAGCGACUGCAGGACUUCAUUCAUUCCCAGGCUCGGUCUCUACGCAAUGGCUCCGAUUCUUCUUCCCGUCAAUCUUUCGAGGACAAACUAACCGACGUCGGGCAUUCCCCAGUGACAAAACCUCCAGCCACGACUGUCAAUGUUAGAAGGUCAUCUUCUUUGAAGGUCGAUGCUCCAAAGCCAACGGAUAAGUCUUCCAUACAAAGGAGAGCUUCGUCCAGAGAGUCUCCUGCUUCCAACAGCGGUGAUGGUAACAGUCCUCGGCCAUACUUGAAGACGUCCAGUUCCAUGUCUUCUUCCUCGAGGGAGUCGCCAGCUGCUGAUAGGAGUGACAAACAGAUACUCGGCAAUCGGCAGAAAGAUUCAGCCAUUUCUGAUAGAUAUCAAAAACAAACACAUCAAAAUGAGCAAAAAGAUUCACCAGUUUCUAAUAGAUUUGAGAAACAAACAUGUGUCAAUGUGAAAAACGAUUCGCCAAUUUCUAAUAGAUUUGAGAAACAGAAAUGUGACAAUCUGCAAAGCAAGCUCAUCUCUUCUAAUGAAGCGUCAAUAAUUGGGACAAAACAGACCAGGCCUUCCCAGUCACAAUCUGCUGGUGGGCUGGUUACCAGGGUCAAGAGGUCAAACAGCGAUGCGACCACAUCACCAAAAGGUCAUGGAGUUGUUCGGUCCCACAGCAAUGUUUCUGAGUAUUCCGGGGUAGCACAAAAACAGAAUGGUGUUAGUAAAUCGAAGUCGGGCUUGGACCAGUUGAAACUACAACAGAUUGGAAGCUACAGGCCAGCUGGAGAAUGUGGUGUGUUCAAGGCGGCAGGUGAUCGUAACGUAACUGAACCGAGAAACAAAACCAGCAAGGAAGGUGAUGACCUCUCGCAUCUCUCCAAGUCCCAUUCCUUCUUGAUAUCUAAUCCAGCCGACGACUUACUAAAGUCUCCACAGACGAACACAAGCCCUGGCAAUCUGGAUGACCUGCUCGAACAGAAUGCCAACUACCUCUCCGAUUUGGAUUUAGAGUUGCCUACCCCUUCGCCAGUUGUGAAGAAGGCUGUUGUUAACGAAGGUUUGGUUCGUAGGUCGUUAAAAAAGAAGAAACUCGUUCGUUCGUUGUCCAGUAAGGGAAAGGGAGAUAAGCUGAAAGCGGGAGCCUACAGUGAUUUAAAAAGGCUUUCUCAUGAAGACACUGCUUCCACAUCAUCAUCUGAUCCGACGCAUCACGGAAACUCAGUAAGGGAUUCUACUGAUGGCAGCGCGGCAGUAAACGGCCAUGAAUCUGAAGACGCCAAACAAUCACAGUCACAUUUAGACCCCCAGCGGCAUCAUCACAGCUCCGAGAGCGGAAUGCUCAACAAGGAUGUCAGCAGCCAGGAGCGGCAGCAGCAGUUUGUGAACAAGAACCUCCAGGAUGUUGCCAGUAACAUGGGCAGUCUGUGUGGAUCUACUGAGAGCGAACAUUUUUACAGUGCCCCAUCGACCCCACCCAGCAGGGAUUACUCUCGGAAGAAAAAGAAAGAUAAAAGCGCACUUCGGAAAUCGAGUCUGAACAAGCGAGAUGACGAUGAUGAAGAUUCUUCUAAGAAUGGGAGUACGUGUGCCAGUGUGGACUCUUCCAGUGGGGGACAGAACAGGGUCAGUGACCUGAAAGGUCCUAGCAAGGCCACACUAACACAGCAUGACCCAGCCCCUUCCCAGAGUGCAUCUUUGAUCACUCCCUUGCAUGCCUCUGCCACGUCUGUCAGCAUAAUCUCCAGAGCGAAGGCGCUGCAAGAUAAGGUAAAGAAAUUAAAUGAGACGAAACCAACAGAACCCGAUGAUUCAUUACCUCGACCAAUCAGACGGGGCAAAGACUUCACCCAGCUCCUGUCCAAAUUCUCCAGCUCGGAUGCAUCCGGUUCUGAGUCGGAACACGCCACAAACACCGGCCGUCGCGUGCUGGGGCUGUGCCGACAGGACAAGAUCGUUGCCAGCAGCAGCGACGAAUCAAACACCGAGCGACGCACCCCGGAGAGAACACACAGUCUACGGGUCAAGUCGCCCAACGUGUCGGAGGAGGCCAAAGUUCAGAGGUCGGGCAGCUUCAAAUCGGAGUUCAUGAGGAGACGCUAUAGUCUGGAGAAAUUGGAAAAGCCGAAUGAAGAGCUGCAAGCCGUUUUGAGUCAGAGGAGCGAGAUUGUUGAACAUCAAGAACAGGAGGCUAGGAGGAAAGAUUCCAAUAAGGAGAAAGAUUCACGGGUGGAAAGGGCUCAGAAAAUGAAAGCUUCUGAUGUGCAUGAGGUGAUAGCAGACAAAGAGGUUUUGGCUGUACUCAAAGCUCGAAGGAAAGAAACUGAUGCCAGAAAUGAUGGCCAGGUGGCUCGGAAUGACAGUGAUGUCGAAAAGAAGAACUCCUCUCGCACGGCCAGUUCACGUAGUGACAUAGAGAGACUCGAUUCCAGUCUGGCCUUGUUGAACAAGGUCAAGGACGACCUCGACAGUCCCGUCUCAUCUUCUGAUCUCGAAAUCUCGUGUUCAGCUCACAUUCCGUUGUCCCCUGGUAGAAAGAGGUCGAGUUCUGAGAACAUCGCAGAGGCAUUGAAGUACGUUCAUGAUGUGGAAGCGACAAUUUCCAGUUGUAUUUCGUCAUCGUCUUCAUCAAUAUCACACACAAAGAAAAGCAGUGAUAACAAAAUGGCCGCUAAUGUCAAGGGUCAAGAUGCUGUUAAUGUUGUAAGUAAUUCGGAGUUAUCUUCUCAGACAGCUGUUCCCGAAUCUACAGACGCUGUUUCGUACACUGUGUUGUUAAGUGCUGGUGAUACAAAUUCCCAAAUGUCAAGUUCUGUGAACAGAACAGACAAGCGAACUAGUGAGGAGAAAAGACUGAGUGAGGAGAAAGAUUUUGUGAUGCCUUUAGCUAGAGAAGAAAUGUGGGUGACCGACAGAAGACACAAGAAAGAUCACAAAACGAAGUCGUCAGACAAUCUGUGGGCCGAUACUGACAAAACUCUUGAAGUGACCUUACCCAUUGUCCAUCAUUCCACAGAUGACGUAACGACGCCAUCUGCUACAGAUAAGCAGCAGCCGCAGCGUAGUGAUGAUAAACCAGUGAGCAGAUGGGGCGAGGUCCACCGGACAUCUGGAAGUGAUGCAGCCAGAGUGACCGGGUCUCCAAACAGCAGCACGCACUCAGUGCAUCAGUCAUCGGCUGCCAAGAGCGCCACAUCUGUCCGUGUGAACAGUUCAACACCGGAUCACUCUGCUAAUCAAGACAGUGAUGUGGUGCCAGCGUCAGUAUCAACGACAAACUCUACCAACCUACGCAGGGCAGAAUCACUGAAGGAGCGAGGCUCUCCAAUAAACAGGACAGACUCGUUCCAGAAGCGGAAGGGGAUCCUGAAGCGCACCCCCUCGCUGCCGAAGCAGACGGCCCCAGUGAUCGUCGACAAGGAGCUGGCCCAGCUGCUCCAAAAGCAGAAGUCUAAGUGCGAGGGCAGUUCCGAGUCGUCGCAGGAGGAAGGGGACGGGGGUGGGAGGAUGAGGACCAAGUCGAUUUCAGCACUAGAGGAGAUUGAUGAAGUGUCACGGAGAGAGAAGAAGUCUGACGAACCCGGGGACGAAAGCAUGAAACACCUGUCCGUCACUCAGAGAAUAUUCGCAAUGCAGAAGAAGAUAGAGGAGGAGAAACUGGCCGCAGUCACACCCAAGUCUGCCUCUCAGUCUGGAUACACCACCCCCAAGUCUUCCCUCAAGAUCUGGUGUCACAGCGAGUCUGAGACGGCGAGUAAGGUGAGCGGGGAGACUCCGAGUGGCCACGCCCAGGCGGUGUCUGGCGAGCAGCUGAUGGAGAAGCUGAGCAAGCUGUCCGAGCAGUCGCGCAUCCAGGACGUUGCUGACCUCAAGGUGGUGCACACGCAGCGCAGCCGAUUCCAGAACCGACAGCGUGCCGACGACUGGAGACGCAAGACGCAGCCUGUCACGAUAGAGGAAGUGAAGGAGGCAGACAGUUUGGAAUCAGUUUUUUCGUUCCGUGCCCUGGUCAGACGAGAGUCUUCUAAAAACGUUUUCGAACGUCUCAAGGAACUGGAAAUGACCAAGAAACUGCCGCCGGAUAAAAAGACAGAGUUUCCGCAGCACAUUGUUCCGAUGAAGACGAAGAAGAAACGCAACCGUCUGGAGCGGCAUCACACGCAACCAGUCACUGCCGAUGAACUCAAGGCCAUUCCCGAAGGUCAGAUGGCUCAGGAGUCCACGAUGACCUCCACCUUCAGAUCUCUGGAGAAGAAUGACUCGAAAACCGAUUCGGGGAUUCUGUCCGGUUCGGACAUGGAAAUGGUCAGUCCGGACUGUUUGCGCAGCCUCAGUUUGGAAAUGGACAUAUCCGAGAACGACCCGGCUUGUCUGAGUGUGUCGGCAAGGGCGUCCAUUUUCCGCCAGAUGGAGGAAAAGACGAAAGCGGAGAAGGAUAAAUAUAAGACGUCUGCGAGUGGUGCGAAGCGUUAUAUAGACCGCAAGAGGCGGGAGAGGGUCAGGACGCAACCGGUCACCGAGGAUGAGGUGAAAACCGCGUCGGAAAUGGCCGACAGGUCAGAGAGCAAGACGGAAACCGGAAGGAAACCGGAGAGUUUGGACGCGGAGUUGGUUCCAGCAGAGCCGGAAAAUAAUGAUGAGUUGGCUGGUCUGAGUGUUAUCGAGAAAGUGAAGCUGUUUAGUGAGAGCAAGGAAAAGAAGGACUCCGCCCCAAAACAGGAUGCGCCCGUCCCCCGGAGGAAAGCCCGGAAACGAGCGUCAAGGUUUGCAACUCAGCCUGUGACAACAGAGGAGGUUGUGAAGGCUGCUUCGUUGAGUCGGGUCUCGCCAUUGGCUGCCACUCUGAUCAAGCCGCCAGAUCCAGACAUCUUACAGGGCCUCCCAUUGGCUGCCCAGAGAGAGCUGGUCGCCCGGCAUGCCCAGCAGUGUUUGUCGCAGCCCACCUCUAGAAGAUCUUCCAUCGGAGAGAUGGAUCAGACAGAAAGUGCUAAAGAAUCGUCAAAGGAAGCAGACGCUAAGGACAGCCAGGAAGUGAAGGGAAUUCUCAAACACCAGGGGGCGCACCCGAGUCCUGACCUCGAGGUCAAGAGCAUCCUCAAGUCUGAGAAGGACAAGAAGGAGAAUACUGAACCAAGAGGAAUUCUGAAGCGAUCCGACGUCGAGGACUCGCCUCAGAAGCAGGCGGACAUGGUUGGUAAGGGAAUCUUAAAACACUCCCAGAACCUCUCCAAAUCGUUGGACGGAACGUCGAAAGGAAUCCUCAAACUGACAGACUUGCAACCUCCAGGUUCGGUGGAGUCGACUUUAAAACGGACCGCGAAUGAGUCGGAUGCGAAGCUAAGUGCUUCUGAAAACAGUUUAAACGUCGGAACGUUGAAGGUUGGGUCAACGUCACAUGCAGAAGGAAAGGAUGAUGUUGAGAGUGGAGAAGGAAAUCGGGAAGUGGUGAAACGAGAUGGUGGCGACACCAGUAAUAACGCUUCAUCGUCUCUGCCAACCAAGACGGAAAGUGGUGCUGACAAACGGACGGUUGAUUCGGAGAAUGUUGAAAAGCGUUCCGAUGCGAAUAUGAACGACCUCGGUUCAGAACAACGCAAUGGUGAAGCGGAGGCUGAGAAGAUCUUUUAUUUAUCCAACGAGUCGACGCCGGAAAGGGAGACCACUCCGGAGACGUCGUCAUCUGGAGGAAGUUCGACCAAACGGAAGUCCCGGUCCCAGGACAGAAGAUCUCAGGGAGAAAGGUACCUGACCCAGCCGACUGACCUGGGUGCCAGCAAGAGCCCGGUGGGUCAGUCGAAGAAGAAGUAUGAAGGUCGCCACCUGACACAGCCCAUCACCCCCGAGGAGAUGAAGGAGGCAGAGGCAGGAUCCACCCCUGUCAGAGCGUCCAGCUCCAUCAACGAGAGACUGAAUGCCUUGAAGCAGUCGGGGGAGACGAGCUGGAAGAAGCGGGUCCCCAAGGUGUUGGACUUCGACACCCCCGUGGCUGAGACGAAGCUGCACGCCCACUCGAACCGCGACCUGUCGGCCAUCCGCCCGUCCAGCAUCGCGGACCGGCUCAGCCAGAUCGAGGUCUCCAAGGGAGGCUGGAAGGAGCGGGUCGAGGAGAAGGACCAGGCCAAGUUCACUGUGGCCGGGAAACUCAGUAAGACAGGUCAUGGUCACACUGAGAGCCCUCUAGUGGUAAGACUGAAACAGACCCCAAGAAGAGAGGGAAUAACUCUAUCAGGAGAUUCAGGAUCCAGUGAACCCUCCCCUGUCACCUCUCCCUCCGACCCAAAAGAGUUCAUUUCACCCAGCAGGAAGAUACCUUUACCGAAAGAAAUAAUAUCAGAUGAACUUCAGAGUGUGAAGGUGGAGAAGGAGAAAGCGCGAGGAAAUGAUGAGAAGGUUGAAGCAGUUACCGUGGCGAUUCCCCAGAUGGUCGACCAGGAGUUGGACUCGAUGUUUUUCCAGACGAAGGACAUCACGGAGAUUGUGGAGAAAGUGGAGUGCAACACGGAUGACUUUAAUGAGAUCUUCAUCCAGGCCAACGACAUACUGCCUUCUAUAAGACGAGCACGGCCAUCGCGGAGGAAGGCAGCAAGGAGUCAGAACCCACUGAAGACGAUGUCUCUGCACAUUGAGGUCAAACAGGAGUACACGCAGGUCGAUCGCGGGGUCGCAGAGCUCGAGUUCAGGCGCAUCAAGAAGGAACACCUUUCUAAAGACGCUGGAUUUGCCCAGGAGGCGUUGGCCGGUCUCGCCAGCAAGGAGAACUUUUCUAAGAUAGAGUUACGCAAGACAGACGAAGGUGCGACACCGGGAACGUCGAAGCGACACGAGCCGUUCAAGAGUCUGAUGCUGCUACACAUCAAAGGCCGACGUAAUGUGCAGACGCGACUCGUGGAGCCGUCGUAUACAUCGUUAAACAGCGGCGACUGUUUUAUCCUUGUCAUGCCAGACAAGGUCAUCCACUGGGUCGGUGAAUUCAGCAAUGUGAUAGAGAAGGCAAAGUCUUCUGAAAUAGCGUCUGUGAUAAGUGCGAAGAAAGAUCUCGGGUGUCGGAGUUCUGUCGUCCUGUCGACCAUCGACGAGGCGAAGAGUCACCUGGGAGUGGGGAAAUCCUUCUGGUCAGCCAUCGGUGGCCAGGGAGACUACCAAGCGUGUGGUCCAGAUGAGGAGGACGAGCUGUUUGAGAGUCACCUGACCAAGACAAACAUGGUGUACCACCUGGUGGAGAACUCGCUCGAGCCUUACGAGAGAUACUGGGGCGUGCUGCCCAAAUACGAGAUGUUGAAGAAAGAGGAGGUUCUGGUGUUUGACUUCGGCGGGGAGAUGUACUUGUGGAUGGGUACUGCUGUUUCAUUGGACAACAGGAAACUCGCACUGAAACUGGCUCAGAAACUUUGGGAUCGAGGAUACGAUUACUCAGAUUGUGACAUUAACCCUUUAUCUCCUCUCACAACUGAGGAAGAUGGAGGCCUCAAGAUGGCCGACACGAAGCGACCGGACUGGGCGUUGUUCGGUAAAAUCAGUCAGAACAUGGAAACCGUGCUGUUCCGAGAGAAGUUCAGUGAUUGGCCCGAUACCUCAAGAAUUAUCCGUUGCCGUGGCCACAGUGAAGAACUGCAAAAGAAGGAGCAUGCGGAACUGAAGCCAUACGAUGUAAAGAAGAUGUUGGAACCCGUGAAAUCUCCCGUCACUCUUGUGUUGGAAGGAUCUCAUGUGGGAAGAGGAAGAAACUGGAAAGAGAAUCUGGACGGACUGGUUCGAGAGUUUGAUGUGCUCACUCUAUCCACCACUAUGUGGCACGUGCUGGAGUACGACCACUACAAGCUGCAGGAACAGAGCUACGGACAGUUCCACGAUGGAGACACGUACGUCGUACGCUGGCAGUACAUGGUCACAGCUUCAGGUAUCAAGUCACUGAAAGGUCACGCUGCCCGCCACUCCCUCACGGGUCGCGAGAAGUGUGCGUACUUCUUCUGGCAGGGAAACCAGUCGACAAUCAAUGAGAAGGGAGCAUCCGCUCUGAUGACCGUCGAGUUGGACGAGGAACGCGGGCCUCAGGUCCGUGUUAUCCAGGGCAAGGAGCCGCCAUGUUUCCUCAACCUCUUCAAGGGUAAGAUGCUAAUCCACAUCGGGAAGCGUGAGGAACCGGCGACCAACUCGCAGGGCGCCGUGCGGUUCUACUGGGUGCGCGGGGAGUUCGACAACGAGCUGUGUCUCGUGGAGGUGCCGCUAUGCAUGAGUAACCUGCGCAGUCGCUCAUCACUGAUCCUGCUCAGUGUGCGAACUGGGCUCCUCUACACCUGGCACGGGUGCAAGUCGUUGCCGCAUGCACGCAAACUAGCCGUCACAGCGGCCGAGCAGUUGAAAUCCACGUGUCCAUUAGAAGUUGGCCUCCAUGAGGAUGCCAGCAUUGUGAUAACUGAGAUUGAAGAAGGGGAAGAGACCUCUCCGUUCUGGGCAGCUCUCGAUGGCUACGACCCAAACAGCUACUUGUCUCUCAUAAAAGAUCCCAAGCCAUACACACACACGAUCCGUAUUUUCUACAUGUGCAGUGUAUCAGGUGUUCUAGAAGUAAACGAAGUCCCCAACACGUCACGCUCGGAGCUCACCACCCCGUUUCCAUUCCUGCAGUCUGACCUGUACAAAGUGUCGCAGCCGGGCCUGUUUCUCAUAGACAAUGACCACGAGGUUUACCUCUGGCAGGGCUGGUGGCCCAUAGCAACCGAGGAACAGGAGAAUGUGAAGACUGGUUCAGCCCACGCCCGUUUUAAUGUGGAUCGGAAAUGUGCUAUUCAGACCGCCCUUAAUUAUUGUCAAGAGAAGAGGCCGGAUAACCCCCCUGGUGCUUACCACGUGUGUGCGGGUGUCGAGCCGAAGUGUUUCACCAACCUCUUCCCAUACUGGGACGUGGAUCCAGUGGUUAGAAACAUCAGUUUACAGGAGGGUAAGGAAGUGGGGUACAUCGACCGCCUGUCGGAGGUUCUCACGAGGUUGAACAAGACGAGGUUCACGCUGGAAGAGCUGCAGGUAGAACCUCUCCCAGAGGGCGUCGAUGCUGCACGACUCGAGGCCUACCUGGACGACGACGACUUUCAGGAACUGAUGGAAAUGAACCGAGAAGAGUUCUACUUGCUGCCGGCGUGGAGACAGAGACAGUUAAAACAGCAUGCCCAUCUGUUCUAGCUCGGUAACCAGUAACCAGACCCUUCCUAACAAACAGCUGGGACCCAGGUUGUGCUGAACAAAAUUAACCACAUUGAAAACAAUCGGAACUGGAAUUGAAUAAUAUAAAAAAAAUUAAAGAACGGAAUUUCAAAACUGGAUGAAGAGAAGUGAGAAGCAGACUUCCAAAACUGGAAUAAAAGAAAUAAGUAAUGGACUUUCAUAACAACACUUAAAAUAAGUAACAGACGAAGACAUUCGGGUAAUAGACUUUCAAAACUGAACUGCAAGAAUAUAAAAAUGGAGUUUCAAAACUGAACUGCGGGAAUUAAAGAAUGGACGUUCAAAACUGGAUUGAGAAUUGGACAAUGGACUGGAAAUUGGUUGAAGAGAAUUAGGUAAAUGAAGAAACUGAAUGAAAAAAAGUCUUUGAGAAAGAGAAAUAAAAAACAUUACCUUCAAGUGAUGUUUAAAGCUAGUUUUUGUUGCCAUGGAAAUAAAAGCUCAACUGCUAUUUUUAAGCUGAAAGAUAAUGUUGUGAUGACAUCACUGACAACAUUUCCUAAUUAUCGACAACAUUUUCUACUCGUAAUCAUGGACUGCGAUCUCUGCAAGAUUCAUUCAUCUCGUGUGCUGCAAUCACUGUCCGUUGUGUGAUUACAGUCUGAUGGCUUUUUACAUGUCAAUCAUUAAAUCAUCAGGUCGCCCAGUCCAACAGCAGACAUUAUGAUUCAGGUCAUCCAAUUGUGACUUGGGACAUCCAUCAUCUAGCAUUGUUAUUCAGGCCAUCAUCAGCAAGCAUUGUGAUUCAGGCUUACGCAGCAGUUAGCAUUUUGAUUUGGGCCAUCCAACAUCAAACAUUGUCAUUAAGGCCAUCUAACAGCAAAGCAUUGUGAUACGGGUCAUCCUAACAGCAAAUAGUCCUGUUCAAGUCUUCCAAGAGCAAACAUUGCAUGGUUUGGAUCAACCAAAAAGCAAGCAUUGUGAUUGCCCAGUAAUAUUGGAACUUGGGUUGUCCAAACAGCAAAUAUUUUAAUUCAGGUCAUCCAGUAGCAAAACAGCAUUCCCCCCCCCUUAAUGUGCCU